ACAGGCAAUCUGUAUUGAUGAAGUCGGCUGUUGUCGAAGAUUUGGGCAGCGACAAAGUUGGCUACCGGCAACAUCACUAGCAAACUUCGAACUUUGGCGACGGAGAUGGAACCACAAGAUGGGAUGAGAGAAAAUUGAACUUGGGCACUUCCACAGAUGAAUGAGCUCUCUGUACCACACAUUUUUUUAGUAGCUACGAAACGAACUAUCUGGUCCCCCUCUCCUUAUCAGUAGGCAUUCACUAUUGAUAUCAAGUCCAGCCCUAAGUGUGCCGAAGGGCUAAACAUCUAUGAUAACCUGAAAUGCCGCUAGGAGAAAGAAAGUGCCCUAACUCAGAAAGGCACAGACCGCGCUGAGGAAAGAAUGGCACUUUACAAAUAGGGGGCAAUGACACCGACAAAGCUAGCCACUGGUGAAGUUUCGAGUACUAGCAAAGUUGGCCACCAGCAAUGUUACUGGCGAAGGAUGGGAGUGCAAACGAAAAAUCUUCGUCGCUCUUAAAUGGCCGUUACAUGAAGGUCGAGCUUUUGUACCGCACUCUCAGUGGUGGAAGGGUGUACUACGCUAUCGGGCCGUCUUCAGACGCAGUAUGUCUCAUGAACUGGGUGACGGGAGGAACAUUAGGCUAUGGACCGAUAUUUGGACCGGAGAAGCCCCCCUUUGCACCUUGUUCCCAAACUUGUCCGCCCACACCACGAACAAGAACGCCAGAGUCUCUCAUUGCUGGAGCGUUGGUGGAUGGAGAUGGCGCUUCAUUUAUAAAGGCUUCUCGGACUCAACCUCCAUAGAUAGCUGCAGACAAAUGGCUCAAUUCAAAGACUAUCUUUCACACAUCAGCCCACAAAACACACCUGACAAACUAAAAUGGAGGUGGACCACGGAUCAACAGUUUACUGUAAAAUCAGUCUACAACUUCGUCACCGACUCAGGACACAGAGACUCGACUAAUAUCCACAUCUGGUGGCUGAAAAUACCGGUCAAAAUUAAAAUCUUCAUCUGGUUGUUACUAUGUAAAAGAUUACCUACUGCCGACAGACUGCUGAUCCGUGGACUGACAGUGGACCGACAUUGUGUCUUCUACGCCUCUCCCACGGAAAACUGCGACCACCUUUUCUCGAACUGUGUCUUCAUCCGUUACCUCCUACUUACCUCAGCGGGCGAGGUCAUCCCGGCAGACACCACCGGGGACGUGUGUGAUCUAUAGACCAAAACCGCCAACAUUACCGACGCCGCUGUGAGAACUAAAGGCUUAACCUGCCUAGCAGGAACUUGGUGGAUCAUAUGGACGGAAAGAAAUCACAUCAUUUUUCGGGAAAAGUUACACAAUGUUAAUCAGUCUUCAAAAAGGCUAGAGCUUUUGUUACGCGACUGGUCCGAGCACCUUUGAUUCACCUCGGUUCUACGUUUCGAGCCACGUUUGCCUUUUUCCUACUCUCU